GUUCUAUAUCCCACCGAAACCGGUUUUGAGCGAAGCCAACAUGGGCGGUUCUGACUAUGCAGAAAUCGGUACACGAUACAAGGCAUCUCAUGUCAAGUGCCUAAUUUGGUGGGCUGCGCAGAAGACACGGCAGGUUGCAGAUGUUGCCCCUGACAACGUCCAACUUCAAGUUCUGGCUACGUGUUGCUGGGGUGUUCAAAGGUGCAUCGAAAUUUCCGACCACGCGGGCCUCAUCCUGGAUGUGAUCGAAGCAAAAGAAGCUUCCGAUGCCUUGCGGACGCACAUUCGAUGUUUCGCUUGGCUUUCGCUUCACUACCAUGAUCUGAAAACCAACCUCUUCAAGGUGAGGCCAAAGAGUCACUACAUAUGCCAUAUGGCAGAUAGCUUAGUUUCCUCAAGGAUGAACUUCAACUCGUUUCACACCUUCGACGAGGAGA